AUGCUCUCACGGUACAUCAUUUCUGAUUUGACACACGCUCUUCCAGAUUUCUGCCGCUAUACAUACCAGUUUGGUGCAGACAUUUUUGUAGUUGCUGGGUUCACUAUUGCUCCUUCUGGCCAAGUCUGUGUUGUAGAUGCUGGUGGUGGUGGUUAUCUUGUUGUUAAAAUGGUUAACAGCGUAAGGCCACCAAAACAUGUUUGUGACAAGAGGCACUUCUGCGGUACAGCUUUGAUUGAAUUUUCGGAAGAAGAUGAAGCGAACAAUAUUAUGAAUAACAAACUUAGUUUUGCAGGAGCGGAUCUGGAAAUAAAAACAAAGAAGGAAUUUGAUGCUGAAAUGGAGGCUAAGAAAGAAGCUUAUGAGAAAUCGCACCCUAAUACACACCCUAAUAAGAAUGGUCAUGAUGAAGGAUACCCAAAAGGUUUGAUUUUGGCUUUCAAGCUGAAGAAAAUUCUAGCUGAUGGUGACACAGAACAAAAUGGUGGGGACAAAGUUGAUAAUACCGUCAGUGCCAACAAGGAAGGGGCUUCCGAAUCUGCGGAGGAAUCGGGGAAAGCUUCUGAAGAGAAGGCCCAUAAGAACACUGAUGCCAAGGAAGAGAAGUCAGAUGAUGCUGAGGAGUUGAUAGGGCCAGAUGCACAAUCUGUUAAAAAGGAUGAUAAAAGCCCUUCAGAAAAUGACAAGGAACCAGUUUCAAGGGAGGACUUCAAAGAAUAUUUUGCCAAAUUUGGCACGUGCGGAUAA